AUGCAUCCUCUACGUGAUUCACUGCUUGGACCUUCGCCAAAAGGCAUCGCCGACAUCAGCUGCCUAGACAGCCGCUCUCAUAGCCAGGAAGAUGUGCGGCAAUCCAUCGCCCGGGGGGAAUUGGAGGAAGUCCGGGGAGCAGCUAUCUAUAAUAGAACCUGGAUCACCAGCGACCGAUACUGCAAUGUUGGGGAUGGGGUGGAUUCCCUCGAAGGCUACCUUCAUGAGAUAUGGUAUAUGUACUUCCAACUCAGUCAACAUACGUCGCAUGAAAAGCCCGACCACGAUCGUCUGGUCCUAGAUAUCCUCCGCAUCCAGGGAAAGGGGCCGUUGACUAGACCUGUGAAGGGAGUGUACGGGAUUGACAUCGCACGAACGGUUGAAGGCACGCUGUGGAAUGACCUGCCCUUCUUGGUUACUGAUAUGACCGACUUAUGGAUAAACAACGGGGGACCAAUGUCGGGUACCCAGCGCCUGAACUUUGCCUCCUUCCUAGCCAAACUAGCGUCCACCCGCGUCUGCAAAGACAGAAUGUGCCAAGUCGCCCUUCUCAUCUUCCGCUGUCUGUUCGAAGAGAGACAAGAGCUUCGCACUACUGAUGAUCAAGAUGAUGAAACCCCAAAACGGAGUAUGAGUUCACUGGAGAUUAUGCAUUUAUUGCCAGCUGCCUCUGCGUGGUUUGACGAGGCAGCGUACAAUCUCAUGCAACUCUCGGAGGUUUCUUGGAAUGAUUGCCCAAGCGAAAUUAGCCAGGGAGGCCAGAUGUUCAUCGAGUCGGAGUUCGGGAAGCGAUCACCGACUGGAUUCACACCAUGGAGGUGGAUGUACUGGCUCAAGCGACUCCAUGAAAUUGAGGAGGCGGCAAAAGAGGCUGGCGAGAAACGUCUGGAGGAGUAUGCCACCGGCGCUAUCUCAAGCAUGAUCAAGGAGAUGGAAGAGCGAAACUCUCACAUUCUGAGGGUUUACAAAACCAGCGGCGAUGUCAUCUAUCAUGAUAAACGUUUGUUCCGUCUGAAAGCGCUUGUGGGGGGCGAAGACACCCAGGAGAAUGAAGAACCCAAGGCGAACAACAAUACAGACUGA